AUGUCGACAAAAUCCGUCUUGCGAAGCGUAGCUCUGCUCGCUAUUGCAGGUACUUCCUAUGCUGCCCCUUUCGUAUCAGAAGCACAGACGACUGUCUCUUCAUCCGGCGUCGUUGCGCCCAUCAGACCUUAUAGCGAUGUGACUUCUCACGGCCCCUACACCGGAACACCCACCACCACAGGUGCUGUGUCGACUACCAUUCUUGCGUCCGCUAUUCCUGAAAGCCCACCUCCUCCAGGCUCUUACGACUACCCUGCCGAUGGCAAGCUUCAUGCUCCCCAGCCUGCUCCCUACACUCCCGAUGGCGGUGUCGGCACCAACGGUUCUGCGCCCGUCUACCGUGUCCAGAGUGACUUUGACUACCAGUCUCUUGCACUCGCGCUGUACCAGGAAUGGAUUGAGCUUGAUCUCUUCCGCUGGGGUCUAGCUACUUUCUCCAAAGAGGAGUGGGAAGCCUACGGUAUCGGUGCUGAAGAUCGAUUCUUAAUCGAGUAUAUGGCUGAACAGGAGAUUGGUCAUGCUACUGUCAUUAGCAACAUGCUUGGUCCUCAGGCUCCCCAGCAAUGCACAUACAACUAUCCCGUCUCCAACGUCCCAGAGUUCAUCGACUUCAACCAGAAGCUCACUCGCUGGGGCGAGUCUGGUGUGUAUGGCUUCCUGCCCCAUCUCAACUCUGGUCCCGCAGCACAGUUGUUGCUCCAGAGCAUCACUAUCGAGGCGCGUCAGCAGUUGAUCUUCCGACAAUUCGGCGGCAACUUCCCCAUGCCGGAGUGGCACACCCCUGGCAUUCCUCAAAGUUGGGCUUGGACUCUUCUUGCUCCUUAUAUCUCCAGCUGUCCCGCCGAUCAGACUCGUCUUGUUUGGCAAAACUUCCCAUCUCUGAAUAUCCUCAAUCAGCCCAACCCUGCUCGUAUCGACGGAUCCAACGUCUGGAACGAGACCACUGGCGGCUAUGCCAACACUUUGUCAACUGCGGAUGUCAAGAAGGAUGAGCUUUGCGUUAACGCUACAGACAAGACUCUUGACUGUCCCGCUGCCAUCACCAACAAUCGCAGCAUUCCCCUCUCCUAUCCUGGCCGCCAGGUCUUCUUGAACUGGGACGCCCCAGGCCAAGCUGUCGGCCCCAACAACAGCUACAUCACAUCAACCAACGUCAAGGCUCCCAAGUUUGCCGCUUGGGUGUCUCAGCUCAAUGUGACUUACUCGCCCCUUCAGAACGUCAGCCUCGAGGACCGAACUGCCUAUACCAUCCAGCCCAACGUUUCCACAUGGAUGGGUGAUCCUGCUAUCAACAGCACCAUGUUCCUUGCCUUGACCGACACUGAUCUUUACGUUACACCUUACAACCUCACCAUGCUCAACCCUCACGUCGCUGCUCUCGCUGUUUACCAGGCUGGUUAA